GAAAAGGACCGAUUCAUAUCUAAUCAAUAUUGUUCAGACUGUCAGAGUGAACACACCCCAUCAGAUGUUUGUAGUCAGGUCUUGGGAGGUGCCGUCAAAUGCAUAUAUAAGCGGCCUAAAAAGACUUCAUCAGAACAUUCAGAACCUCCAAAAGCCAGCAACAUGGUUGAGUGGACAGAUUUCGAGCGCGCUACCAUCCAGGACAUCUUUUCCAAGAUCGAUUACAAGACUGUCGGUCACCAGGCGCUGGCAAGGUGUCUGGUCGUGUACCCAUGGGCCCAGAGGUAUUUCGCUAGCUUUGGAAACUUGUAUAACGCCGCUGCCAUCGUGGGAAAUCCCAGGGUUGCUGCUCACGGCUUGACGGUAAUGCAAGGGCUGGAGAAAGCGGCCAAGAACAUGGACGACAUUAAGGGCACUUACGCCGAGUUGAGUGUGCUGCACUCUGAACAACUACACGUGGAUCCCGAAAACUUCAGGCUGUUGGCUGACAGCAUUACCAUUGUAGUCGCCUCUGUCCUGGGUGCUAGUUUCACAGCUGAAGUGCAGGCAGCUCUGCACAAGUUCCUGGCUGUCGUUGUCUCCGCACUCGGAAAACAGUACAACUAAAUGCUGCAUGUGCUUUCACGGAGAGACCAAACGUUUUUAGCUUUAAAAACGAUCUUGCACUUGUUUAUGUCUAAAUAAA